GUUCGAGUUUGGAAAAACUGAAAGUACUUGAUUACUUUGUGUAUGAUAAUAACUUGUGAAGCACCAUCGUUUUGCCUAACCAGAGUGACUGUCGACUGUUUAAAAUCUCUAAUUACGGCUGACUUGUGAUACCGCUGAUAAAUAUGAUUUAGGUGUCUUUUAUAAAUCCAACUUCUCAUUAGAUCUUUGCAGACUAAACGUAAAGCUGAAAGCCUUUGAGAUGGUCCACGAGGAGUUGAGCGCUCGUCUGAACGAAGUCGGCUACAAAAACUGGUUGAAAGCAGGCUACUGCCUCUUAAAACUGAAAGACGGGCUGCAUGGCUAUAUCAACAAUGAAAUGAAAUCUUUCCACGGCAUCAUUAUUAGCAGUAAUGAUGUUCUGCAAAGGCAGCAACAGUGUAGGAACAACUGCAGACCAAAUGGUAACCACCUGCACUCUCUCUGUUGGCUGUGCGAGGAGUGGAAGAGAGAAAUUUUACGGCAUCACACCAACAGAACAGGAGUUGUGAACUGGGGAAACUGUAAACCUUGGCUUUGGCCAUCUCAACACUGGGAGUUGGCAAAGGCAUACAUGCCCAGAGGGCAGUCCAACAUCACAGGAGCUGAUCAAUGUGAUGCUGCUGCACUCCUGAACCUCAUUAGCUUCUGCGAUCACUUCAGCUUCAUCGACCAACGGCAAGUGAGGGAGGUGAUCAGGCAGCGGAAUGAACUGAUGCACUCCAGUGAGAUGCGGGUGUCGGCCCAGUGGAUGCUGCAGUACCAGAAGAGCCUGGACAGGCUGCUGCAACAGCUCCAGCACGUCCCGGAGGUGGCCGCCGCCAGACGGGAAAUAAAAGAGAUGCUGUCAGUGGAUUGGACCAUUUGUGUACCUGGGGCGGACAGCGUUGACGGGCCUGAGUGGACGGGGCUGGAACCAACGCUUGUCAGUCAGGUGGAAGCAGAGCUGCUGAGGGAAAAACUACAGGAGCUUCUGCUAUAUACAGAGGCACAGACUCCCGUGGGCCUGCAUGCUCAGGACCUGUCAGAGUUACAGAAUCUCCAGGUUUUCUUACGAGGCCAGCGGGAUCUGGAGGAGCAGUUUCAUGCUGAGCUACAGACAGUUCGGCUGCAGCUGCAGCAGGCUGGGAUCCAGGACAGGGGGGAGCUACAGAACUGAAGAAAAAGGCCAAUUAAUUUGCCAUUAUUCUUUAGUAUUUCUGAAGACCAAAAUUUGUCUGAAAGGCAUUAUGCCAGGGUG